UGUGCGCGUCUGGCUGCCGCUCCGUAGUCCGUACAUGGACUGAUUUUUCUGUACUUUUCCACCCCUCUGUUGGACUAUUUUCGUUUCGUUACUCCACCACUUAUUGGCGUUUUGGGACUCGUCUUUGGGCUUGAAAACUGCUACUGUUGUGCUGUUUUCCUUCUAGUUUGCUGGUUCGUGAUGUGACGUUCAGACUUGGCUAACGUGGGUUCGCUCUGGCUGGCAUUACUUGUUCAGUACCAUCGUGCCUUAGACAUGCCAUCACGUCUUACCUGUGUUGUGGAUUAAAAUUGGAAAUACUGUCCCCGGGCAUUCUCGCAGCUGUUAUGUACUUCCCCUGGAUUAAACUAAACUGCGUCUGAUUUGAACAUGUACAAGACUGAUGUGAUCUACACUGAAGACAAAGGAAACACAGCUGACUGGAAAAUAAGAAACUUCAAGCAUGUGCCUGAACAGUUCUGAAAAGAAGAAGUAGCAGGAGUUUCAAAUGGAGUCUUUACGUCAGUAUUUCUGGACAGCAUUACUGCUGGCCAUCAUUCUGGUCUCUCUGGUGAUAGUAAUGAUUUUCAUAAUCAUCAAUGUUUGCAUCAGUAAAAGAGCUGCUUGGUACAGUACACAAGCAAAACCAAAUCAUUACGGUGACACAAAUUUAAAAAAACAGAACAACCAAGUUCAUCAUAAAGAGCUUGAGAUGGAGAAACCACCUUUACCUCCCAGAGAUCAGUUCAAAUCCAUGGAAUCUGUGGAUCAGGGUUAUGAGGAUUUGGAGCCUGCUUCAGACUAUGUGGAGGUUGAGGAUGAGUUGAACCUUCCUGCCCCGCAGCAACCCACCUUCACUCCACACUUCGCCACCGUCGAGACUAAAAGUCAAGACCAAGACGCUGUUUCUGAGGAUUAUGACGACGUUGAAAUUCCUGUUAACGAUGACAGCGAGGACUAUGAUGACGUAGGGUAAAAGACACAAAAUCAAUGACUUUCCCUUCAGCUGGACACAUGAGCGGACCCUGAAAUCAACUGCACGUUUCCUUCAAGCUACUAUUGUACAUUAUUUGAGCAAAAACAAGUUCUAAUAGCAUAUAAACUACAGAUGUGUUUACUUUCACUUCCCAUUGUUAGAAAUGCAAUACAUCUUUCAAAAACGUCAUUUGAUUAGUCAUUUUCUGUUGAAGCACCCUACUGUAUGAGACAUUUGCGCGGAAGUGGGCCUAUUCAAUAGUUCAAAAGUUCAAUUUUUCAAAUAUUCAAAAGUUCAAUAGGCCUAUGCAUUAUAUAGUAAGCCUUUUAAUGAUCUGCACUGACAAAUUUCAUGUCU